CGGAACUGGUAGAGGUGGUGCGAGUGCAUGGUUCCGAGGGGGCCCAGGCGCUGUGUGCGCUGAGCGCGCAGGACAUGCCGGACAGCGCGGCGUGGAUCACACGCGGCGGGCGACUGCUGUUCGGACGGAUGGACCCACGGGUCAGGCUGCGGUGGAGCACGGUGUAUGUAGGCGAAACCAUCCACUCCCUGUGCUACCACUCCGCCAGCCGCUGCCUCAUCGCCCUCUGCGAAUCAGCCAGCAACGCUUCCGACGCUGAUACCCUCCCGUACGGCACCGGGGCCGCCCAGUACGGCAACAGUUACGGCGAUACGGGCGGCGGCUGUGACGUGUUGCGAGUUGUACAUGCGGACUCGCUUCAGCCCGUGCUCUCCAUGCGGCUGGCUGCGGGUCACUACCACACAGCGGCGCUGGUGGCUGCACUGCCCUGCAGUUCCCAGGGCCUGCAGCAGCUGAGGCAGCUGGGGGGGUCAGCAGGAGGAGGAGGCAGCGGCGCCGGCGGCGGCGGCGGCGGAGGAGGGAUAGUGGAGCAGCAGCAACAGCAGCGGAGCAGGGGCAUGCAGAAGGAGGAGCAGGGGUCUAGAGCGGUUGGAAUUGCAGGCGGUGGGAAGGAGUUCAUCGUGCUGGCUUCGUACCUGCUGGUAGAUGCAGCGGCGGCGGCGGUGGCGGCGGCGGCGACAGAGGAGGAGGAGGAGUCGGGUGAGGCCGCCGGGGGUGCGGCGGCGGCUGGCGGGGAAAGCCGGCAUGGAGCUGCUGCUGCGGCGGCUCCAGGCGGUAGGGUGAUGCAGGGCGCUUUGUCCUUUCUGGAACUCAAGCUCAACGUCAGCAGUGAUACCACCUCAGCCGCAGAAGCAGCAAGUAUGGGGACCGCAGCGAGCCUCCCUCCUGAUGCUCAUGCUGCUGCUGCCGCCGCCGCCGCCACGUCGGCUGUACGGUACCAACUGGUGCUGCAUGGGACCCACAUGAUGUCCGGCGUGGCAAGCGCUCUGGCCGUUGCUCGUCCGGUGCCGUACGAUGCAACCGUUAGCGCUGCUACGGCUUCGGACAUGUCUGCUGCCGCUGCCGCUGCCGCCGGCGGCGGCGGGGCUAACGAGACGUCGAAUCCCCUCCUUCUUUGUAGCGGACGCAGCUUCCGUGGCGGCAGUGGCGGCCUGGGGGCCGCGGCGGCGGCGCUCAAACUCCGCGCAGCCGCCGCCGCCGCUGAAACCACGUCGCAGCCCCACACCGCCGUACAAUCGGGCCCAGCGGCGGCGACGUCACCGCCGAUGCCGUACUAUCUCCUCGCCGGCUGCCAAGACGGCGUCCACGUGUACCAGGUUCAUGUGGAUGACGUGGCAAGUGAGGGUCCGCGGGCGGUGCAGCGCGCGAUCAGGGUGGUGGGGAAGCGGGUUUCGGAGCUGCGGCUGCCGUUACCCAGACAUGCAGCGGAGGGGGGCCUGCAGCCUCCGGGAUUGGCGGGACUGCUGCGGCCGCAGGCGGCCGGAAGAGGAGAGGGAGGAGGAGGGGGUGAUGCGAUGGUGGUGGAACGAGAGGGAGAGGAGGGGCUGGUGGAGGAUGAGUCAGAGCUCCCCGAAGUGCCUCGCCAGGCGCUGCCACAACGCUCCCGCGCCAACACAAACCAGCAGCAGCGGCCAGGGCUGCGAGGUGGCGCAGAAGAAGCUGAGGAGGAGGAGGAGGAGGAAGACUGGGAUCAGUACGGGUUGGGGGCCCUCCGCUACGGCAGCGAUGAUGAUGAAGACGUUGCGGAUGAUGAUGGGGUUGGAGGGGAGUACGACUAUGACUUUGAAGGCUUUGAGUUGGAGGCGUUUGGCGGUGGCGGCGGAGGAGGAAGAGGUCGUGGUGGCCCAGGGGUUGGCAGAGGAGGAGCAGGAGGAGCAGGAGCAGGUGCAGCAGCAGGGGGAGUCCAGCCGCUGCCCCCCGAUCAGGCGCAACGGGCGCUGCGAGCGCUGAUGGCCCGGUUCAUGCAGGCUGACCCUGACGUCCACCCCGACGAUGACGACGAGGACGGUGACAUGGAGGAUGAUGACAUGGAUGAUGACCUCCCUGAAGAGCAGCAGGACCAGCAGGACCGCAACCUGCCCCGCCAUGCGGUUGCUCGCGGGGGCAGCGGCACCAGCGGCGCCAGCGGCCGCCCCCUGCGUCGACUGCUCCGAGACCUGGAUCGGGACUGGUCGCAGCAUGUACGGCUGAGGCGGGUGGCGACAUGCCGUACGGCUGGGGGCGCCGUGGUGUCACAGCUCGUGAGCGCUGAGAGCGUCAACAAGGGGGGCUGCAGCUGCUGCUGUGGCUGCGGUGGUGGUGGUGGUUUUCAUAGCAGCGGUGAUAGCGGCAGCAGCGGCAGCGGUAGCAGGCAGGUAGCAGGGAGUUGCUGCUGCUGCGGAGGAGGCGGCGGCUGCGGAGGAGGAGGAGGCGGCAGUCUUGCGGGUGUGGUGGUGGCUUCGGACCUGCUGGGCAGUGUCACGGUGCUGGUGCUGCGGGCGACACGCAAGGGGGUGGUGCUGGCUCCGGGAUCGGUGGACAGACACCCGGUCUUCGCGCAGGCCUGCCUGCCGCUGGACUCCCGGCGCCUGCUGCUGUCGGUGCACCCGCACGGCCUGGCGCUGCUGCUGCGGGAGCCGGCGGCGGAGGAGGCAGCGUGGCGGGAGGCGCAGCGACGGGCGCUUGCGGACUUUGAAGCGGGCAUCUCCGCUCGUCAGCGCCAGCAGCGCCAGGCGGCCGCCGUCAUGGCGGGAGUCUGGAACCCCGCACAACAACAACAUCAACAGCAGCAGCAGCUGGAGCAGCAGGGCCAACAGCCCCAUGCAGCAGGGGCAGGGUCGGGGGCAGCCGCAGCAGGCGGUGCUGGUGCAGGAGCAGCAGCAGCAGCAGCAGCGGCGGCGGCGGCAGCAGCCAACACGGUGUUGUUGGAUGAGGCGGGGGUGGCGAGGUUGCGACUGGAGGAGAUGCCGGGGCUGGAGCUGGGAGCGGCAUGCAGGUUGCGUCACUCCGUAACCCGCAUGUGCCUACUGCCCCUCGGACUGCGACCCCGCCCGUCGCAACCUUCCUCCGCACCCACAACCGCCCCGCACAUCGAAUCCGCCGUACUUUGCUUCUCCAGCAGUGGUUACGUAGCGGCAGUACGACUGCUAGGGGAGCCACAGCAGCAGCAGCUGCAGCAGCAGCAGCUGCAGCAGCAGCAGCUGCAGCAGCAGCAGCUGCAGCAGCAGCAGCUGCUGGGACCGUCAUUCGCAGCCACGUCCUCUUCCAUCACAACCUCUGGG